CUACGGUCGUCGUCUGGCUUGAAGUUGCCACGAUAUGUUCUGAACUUGUCAGCGUCUUUCCUUUCGGUUACAAUGACUUGGUAUUCGCUGCCUACCCGCAGAGAAAUAUCGUUAAUUCUCUUCUCGCUCACGAUUUUCGUCCUCUUCUAUAACUUAGAGUCCUCGUUUCGGCAAUUACGCGCUCUGCAAGGGUGGGUGGCUCAAGGUGUCUCCAAAGAAUCCGGUUCUGCAGCCAGUGUCAACUGGGAGGAGGAAUUGUACGGAGACUGGACGUUAGAGGAGUUAGAAGUUGCGAAGAAUGCCGAGGCGCGGCAUCAAGAAUCUGUGAACAGCAGCACAUCAUUGUGGGGAUCUAGGGCACAGGCGUCGACAAAUUCUCAUCCAGAAAUAUAUGGGACCGUAGGGGUAAACGAUGGAUACGUUCACUGGGGCGAAGAGCUCCCGACGACCACGGUCGUAAAGCACGUACCAGGCUCUACCAUCCUGGACCAUGUGUUCUUGUUGAAUGGUACUGUUUACCUCGUGACUGAUGAUCCAUCUUUUCCACCCGUCAGUGCUAUUGCAUCAUCCACCGAGGAGCCCAUUGAAGUGCCGCAACCUUCUGACUGGCAAGUGCUCUCCACAGAAAAAGGCCGAGAAAUAUUGGGACAGUAUGGUGGAUUAAUUCACGGCGUAACCUGGCUAUGUACCGAUGCACAACCGACUCUCUCAACACAUCUCUCGACGCCUGCGGACCCGCUCGUCCUCUCACCUCCUCGACGUAUCUUCUACCCAAACAUACCCACGCUUAUCGGGGCCAGACCUGAGAUGAUUGCCCCUGUAUUACCGCGCCAGCGUUCCCCGAGCGGCUUUCAUCCAUACCUUCCUAAAGCGGCGUUCCCCACACUUGGGCUGAUGUUCCGGGAAGACUGGCAAGAUUUCGCCUCCAUGCAAGCGCCGUUCCUUUUGAGACGAGUGGUCGUUUCGGAUGCUGGAGCUGCACGGCGUUAUAAGAACGAUGUCCCUCCAUUCGCAGUUCCCCUCGUUCAGUUGCCUGCCUCGAAGCACUGGUGGGAGCCUAUCCGCCGUAACGUGGCAGCUUUCCUCGGGGUCGAACACGAAAUGAAGAAGAGCUGGAUAGGAUCACAAAAGGUGGUGAUUACUUAUUUAUCCCGUCAAGAUGAUCCGGUUGGCCUAAAGACGCUGGUUGAUAUGCUCUACAAGUUGGGUAAGAACUACGUGGUGAAUGUAGUUCAUGCCAGUGCUCCCUGGACAGAACGUAUGACUGCCAUUUUGCAGUCGACGGUUGUCAUCAGUACGCAUGGGAACCACCUGGCAGACAGCGUGUUCAUGACGCCUUCCUCGCACUCGACACUUCUGGAGAUCUUUCCUCCUGACACGUUGUCGCGUGAUGCAGAACUCUCCGUGAAGUCCCUAGACAUUCGUUACGUAGCUUGGUGGCAUGAUAAGCCGUACGAUACGAAAUCAAUUGUUACGCCACCGACAGGGGCAAAUUCUAGCGAGAUACCCGUCGAAAUCACCGCCCUUGAGAAAGCAAUCCGUAAGAUUUGACAGGCACUGUAAUUCAAUGAUACCUCCAACAGGUCCACCUUGUUACCCCUCCUGUUUUUCCCCAAGUUUCUUCCCCAUUGACAGGCGGAUAUUCAUAAUAGACGUAUCUCUUGCGAGCUAUUCGAAGUGCUUUGUGUUAUCAUGCAUGUAUACUUUGCCCACGAUGUCCUACAUCACCGCAGGUGAAAGUCAAUGACCACAACCUGUUGCAAUCGUAUGGUGGAGGUUUCAUAUCAACCCGUUACGUGAUGGAUUUGAUGGUGCAUAACAUUACAG